GUUGCUUGCGAGCCAUAGAUUAUUUUGCGAGUGUAAAUUGAAGUUGGCAGGUUUUGCACUUUCACAGAUCGUAUGGGAACCAUUCUUGUAAGAUGCAGAGGAUAUGUUUCUUUCUUUUUUAGCUUUUUUCUGUAUAUUGUGACUAAUAGCUGUUCCUGACUUUCUUUUUUGUCGAUGUUGCAGUGCUUAUCCUACUUACUGUAGCCACUUGAGCUUUGAAGUUCCAUCACUUGAUAAGGUAAAAACACAGGUUACAUUAUCCUCAACAGGGAUGAAAUGAGACUUAAUACUUCCUUUUAAAAACUCUGGCUGGGCCAACUAUCAUAUUUUUGUGCACUAUGAAAUAGACGUGCAUUAUAUUCCUGACUCUUUGGAUCUCAUGUCGCAUCUAUCUUUCGGUUGUUUCAGCUGCAUGUAUAAAUAUUCUUAGUCCAGUUAUUUAGCUGUAUAAUAUAACAAGAAAAUCAUAUGUCGAUUUGGAUAAAAUUUGUGCAGUUGUUAAUAAUUUUACGGAGUGGCUUAAUUAUGCAUACUGACAUAUCAAACUUCCAAAAGAAUAAGAUUUUGUUAAAGUUCAUUUGGUAGUUUGUGUUGAUUCAUUGGGCAUGAUUUCAAAAUUUUGACACCAGUGCUUUUUUGCAUAUUUUCUUUAUAUUUGUCAAAUUAUUGAAUUUUUUUUUGUGCUACAUGAAUCACUACGAAAAUUUUUGCAUGACUGUGUUUCUUGUUUAUUAUGAAUUGCACAUGACCCCAUUUUGGGGUGAUCAGAUUUUUUGAAAUGAAACUAUGUGCUCUGUGUUAUUCUUUAGACUAGAGAUUUUUGUCCUUGUGAUCCAUGGUUUUUGAAAAAUUGCUAAUCAACGAUAUCAGAUUCAUGAAAUAGCAUAAAGUCACUGUGCAAUUGAAUCCUGGAAAAUUAGUUAGAAUUAUUAGAUGCUUGGUCGUUUCAGUCAUCCUUUUCCUGCAUUGUCUAGGAGACAGCUCUAUCCAACUAUUUUUAUUCUAUUAUGUCAUUUAUAAAGGAUUAUUGUAUGUUUGUUUUUCACAAACGUUCUCAAAUGCCUAUAAACCAAGCUGGGUUUUCCAAUGUAAUCGGUUGGAAUUUUUUCAUGGUUUUUGAUAGAUAUAUUAACUUCUUAAAAUUGCUACUUGCUAGUUGGGGAGUCUCGUGUCUUUUAGGCCUGUAAACCAGUUGAACCUGAUCGGAUCAGCUCAGAUAGGAUUGGAUCUCAGAUCAAAUCAGUCUAGACCUGAUCCAUUUACAGGAUCAGUUUGGUGCCAUGUUGAUGGCAAAUGGGUGUUUUUGAUUUUUUUUUUUCUUGCUUCUAAGAACUUUAACAGUCAUGUUUGUGCGUGAUCUUGUCCUUCUAUUAGGAUUUAGUCGCAUAGUUAUAUUACAGAAAAUGUUAUUGAGUUAUGGUCUUUGCAGGCUUCCUUCAAAACGCUGAGGUAUUUAUUAAUCAGUUCUUUUACCUGUUGGAAGCUAUAGUAUCCUCACUUCAUUGCAUUGGACACUUAUCACAAAAGCAGCGACUCCGAAGUUUAAUAACUGGAAACACAAAUCUGAACUUUAAAUCCCUUUCCUGCCACAACACCUAAGCCCGUGAAUUCUCUUUCUUUUCAGGACCGUUACACCAUCAACGAUUUCUCCUACCUCUCCAAUAAGGUAUCCGUGGCUCACAUUCGACCAGUCAAUGCUCGUCACCCAGGCUAUUGAAUGGUAUUUGUUAUAAUAAGCUCCAUUUAGACUAUCUGCAUCGUGAAUGACAGUUGACUGCAUAAGUAGCUGGUUUUGUGGUUUUAUGUUUGGAAUCCCUUCAUUCUUCCCACGCUUUUGCUUCUUCGUCUCAUUUAUCUAGCAAUAUUGUCUCACAUGUCUCAUACUUCACACUUUCCAAUCUAACCUUAUUAGUUCUAGUUUGUCACAGCCGAAAUCAAAGGGAGAAAUAAUUGAAUUCUUUCCAGCCAAUUCUGACAUAAAAAUUAGCGUACUACAUCUUCUUUGGAGAGACUAAACUUAAGAGGCCAACUCUUUGGUUAAUUUUAGUGUCACUGUAUGAGACUUCUUUGCCUAAAUCCUGUAACAUGUCAUUGUCAAAAACUAGACACUUUUGCAGCAAGCUCUGUUCCCUUCAUGUUUGAUGUAGCAGAAACCUCUCCCUUUUGUGCUAAUUAGCACACUGGUUUCAGAGCAAAAGUCCCAUUCACAUGGGCUCCUUUUGGUUGUAACCCAGGUUCAUGGUGCAACAUCAUCUUUUAGAUUCCAAUCACUUUAUCUGCCUCUUAGUUGGAUCCAUUAUUGCCUUCCUUUACCACCACCAUCUUUAGUUUGAGGUCCCUCGUCAGCUCAGGGAAGAUAUCAGAUAUAAAGCAUGCAUUAUGAAGGUGAGCUAUUGAGUUGUUAUAUUUGUUAUUUGAUAUUUUUCCGACGAAACCUUACUAAUUUUCUACUUCACUUUUCUAUUCCAUGAAUUUAUACCUAUAUUCUAACAUAGGAAUGAAGUCAGUGGAUCAUGUGAAGUGCGGAGUCUACAUGAACAGCUCUCUUCCUUACGUGUGUAACAUGGCACUGCUCUGCUCUGCUCUUUUGUGCACGUAACAGGCAUCCCCAACCAUUACAAGCUGUGGCUUGCAAGAGACGGGGCGAGAUGCUUUACGUCUCAAGCCACGAUCUACGGAUCGGACGGUCACGAUGGGGAGGAGAAGAAUCCAAAAGCCCUAAAACUGGUGCCGUUCAGGAGAUGGACGUCUGAGAUCGGCCCAUCAGGACUCCUAGAUGCGUGUUUCCACACCAUGGGCUGCCAUAAAUAGCGAGCGAAGGUCGCCUCCUUCCUCAGCAAGCAAAAGGCGCGACAUGAUAUAUACACGAAAAAUUAGCGAGGAAGGCAUCCACCACCGCCUUCAACUCCGUCUCCAUCCUUCGCCGUCACCGCCUCCUCUUCUUCCUUCCAUCUCCCACUCGAUCGAACACAAGUUUCAAGUCAUGCUGAGUAAUUAACAGAUUGUGUUCGGUAGAGAUCGAAGAGAGCCACCAAAGACGUCGAUGCGAUGACGAAUACUGCCAUGGAGGAGGAUCCCCACAGUAAUGUCAGCAGCAGCAGGGACAGGUACGCUGAGUUCAUGAAGGACUCCUGCUGCGCCCGCUACUUCCUCGGGCCGAACCCCUCCAUUGCGAGGUUCGUCUACGCUCUCAUCUUCCUCGUCACCUGCCUCCUCGCGUGGACCGUUCGAGACUAUGGCCGCAAUGCCCUCUCCGAGCUCGAGAGACUCAAAGGUUGUCAUGGUGCUCGAUAUUGUUUAGGCGCGGAAGGUGUACUCCGCGUAAGCUUUGGAUGCUUCUUAUUCUUCUUUGUCAUGUUUCUGUCCACCAUGGGGACGAAGAAACUAGAAGACUCUCGGAAUUUGUGGCACUCCGAAUGGUGGCCUGCCAAGAUCAUCAUUUGGAUUGUCUCCAUGGUGGUACCAUUCUUCAUACCCUCUGCAUUUAUCCAGCUCUAUGGGAAAUUUGCACACUUUGGUGCAGGCGCAUUUCUUAUGAUUCAGCUUAUCAGCGUAAUCAGUUUUAUAACUUGGCUAAACGACUGCUGCCAAUCUGAGAAAUAUGCAAAGAGAUGCCAGUACCAAGUGAUGGUUCUCUCAGCCACAGCAUAUGUUGCAUCCAUCUCAGGAAUUAUCUUGAUGUAUAUCUGGUAUGUGCCCAGUUUAUCCUGCAGCCUCAAUAUCCUCUUUAUCACCUUGACCCUGGUGCUUCUACAACUCAUGAUCCUCACAUCAUUGCAUGCGAAGGUUAAAGUAGGAUUUCUGGCACCAGGGCUGAUGGGAAUGUAUGUUGUGUAUCUUUGCUGGAGUGCAAUCAGGAGUGAGCCACAGACAGAGAUCUGCAAUAAGAAAGCAGAAGUUGCGACAAGUGCAGAUUGGCUUACUAUUGUGAGCUUUGUUAUUGCUGUCCUUGCAAUAGUCAUUGCAACAUUUUCAACAGGGAUAGACUCCAAAUGCUUUCAGUUCAAGAAAACUGAAGCAGAGUCAGAAGAUGAUGUUCCCUAUGGGUAUGGCUUCUUUCAUUUUGUCUUUGCUAUGGGAGCAAUGUACUUUGCCAUGCUAUUUGUGGGAUGGAAUGCACAAAACACCAUGCAAAAGUGGACAAUAGAUGUUGGAUGGGCCAGCACUUGGGUCAGAAUUGUCAAUGAAUGGGUAGCAACACUUGUCUACAUAUGGAUGCUGGUUGCACCCCUUGUGUGGAAGAGCAGAAGGCAAGCAGAUCCAGUAUAGGACAUGAGGAUUGUUCUUGAUUUCUUGUGUAGAGAGUACAUAGGGAACUGCUGCUUCUUUGUACCUCAACUCCACAUCUCUAUACACAGUAGUUCAUAGAAUCAUCAUCAGCUCCAGAUCUAUAUAUGUCUAGCAACUGCAUUCUAGCUGGUACAAGUUAGAUUGUCUCAAGCAUCACCCACAACACAGUGGUAUUGAGUUCACAGCAGUUGUGAUGGAUCCCAAAGCAUUCUUUGGAGACUUUGAGUUGGCUGCAGGUUUCAGGCUGUGUGGGUGUGGAUGCAAUGGCAUACACAUCCUCUGGAGUUGCUCAAGAGCCAGAAAGGAUUGUAUAUAUCGCAUAUCAAUUCUUUAAGAAUACUAGAAUCUCAAAUUCAUAUUAGCAGGGAAAUGUAGUAGGGUUGUGAUGUCCAAAUGGAUGUCUGAGUCUAGUAUAGCUGCUGUUUGGUGCCAUCUCAGAAAUGCAAAUUUCUGCAUCUUCCUGGUAGGAAACCAGAAUUCUGAUCCAAACAUGUUGAGCAAAAUGUAACAGAUUCUUUUUCUUUCCAUUAUAUUAUGAUUUCCUGUUCUUGUUGCAUGCAUAAUAUUACAAAUUGGCUAUAAUUCCCACAACUGCAUACUUCUGCAUCCACCUAGUUGU